UGCGACAGUUAAAUGUUCCAGAAUAUCACAAGGAGAAGAGUUGACAAAAAAGAAGAUUAUCACAAAGCAGAGAAUGGCGAACUUCCAACACGUUCCAGGGCAAGAUAUGGGUUCUAGGACAUUUUCAAACACAAAUCAAGUUGAUUUCAAUUGCAGAACCGGACACCAUAACUGUCCUACAAUGCAUUAUUCUUAUUUUCCUUAUGUUCCUACCCAGCCUCAGGAAUAUAUCUGGUCCCCAUGUAAAUGUAUUUCUGGUAAUGAAGACAAGGUGAAACCGCCGUACAGUUAUAUUGCCUUAAUAGCCAUGGCGGUUGAAAGUCAACCAGAUAAAAAGAUUACACUGAACGGUAUUUAUCAGUUCAUUAUUGAACGAUUUCCCUAUUACAGGAAAAAUCGUCAUGGAUGGCAAAACUCUAUCAGACAUAACUUAAGUCUAAAUGAUUGUUUUGAAAAAGUCCCUCGCGAUGAUAAGAAAUCUGGCAAAGGAUCCUACUGGACUCUGCACCCGGACAGUUACAACAUGUUUGAAAAUGGCAGUUACCUACGACGUCGGAAAAGAUUUAAAAAGAAACCAGGUCAAAACUCAGAAAGAAGUUACGGCGAAACUUCAUCACGAAGCACCAGUCAGUCAUCUCGUGACACAAGUCCUGUGUCAGCACAAAAUGAAAACAUAGAAGACGAUACAUGGCCAUCUCGUGAAAGAACAAGCGUUAUUAACAACACAGGGUAUUUUCCUUCUGCUAACACCGUAUCAAUGCUUUCACCUCAAGACAACAACCCUUUCAGACAGCAAGGUGGAGAGCUUCCAUAUCAAGCAGGAGAGAAAGAUAUCACACUUCCUUGUGAAAACCUAACACGAUAUCCAACUCACAGAACAGAGCAAAAUAUUUCCUCGUCAAAUCCUACCCUUGCUGAUUCAGAAUUGUACUAUCCACCAACACAAAAUCCCCAUGCUGUAAUGCCAUUAAACACAAACUCAACACAAUACGCUUUCAACUCAAACGUUCUUCAUGGCAAAGAUAAAAUUCAGCCAAGGUUUUGUCCAAACUAUUCCUCUUUAGGAGAAGAAGUCUAUCCUAGCCCACAAGUUUCUCCACCCUACAAUGUUGUUCCACCCAGAACUAAUCCUAUCUUGCAUAGGUCAUGUAAUGCUCCGACCAGAGCUUUAUAUGAAGAAGACAGACAGCCUAAACAUUACACAGAAAGACACGCAAGAAAUCAUUCUAAUAACUUUCAAUCAUCAUUCCCAAAUCAUUCUGAGUACACGCCAUUUGACGAUAUUCUCAACCAAAGAUGUUUAGGAGACGGACAGAAAUUGAAUGCGUCAAAAGUGUGUUCGUCAAAUGAAGCUCAAUGGAGUGGUUUUACUUCAGCAAGAACAGAUCAAGGAACUAACUUUUUUGCGCGUCAGCCUUUCAAGAACUGCUCAUGGUCUUAACUUUUAAUCGACGGACGAGACCCUCAGUUGUAUCAGCAAGUUUUGUUAUUUUAUUCAUUUAAUUAAACCGAGUUAUUUGUCGGUGACUUGGUAUAGUUAGAAAGUUAGUGUUUCCUGGAUUCAAGGUCCUUUCCUUGUCUGAAGGUUCAUAUAUUGGGUAUGUCGUGUAUAAUAUUAAUAUAGAUAGGCUACUGCAUGAGUCAUGAAUCCAAGCGAGAUAAUUCUUGUUUCCAAGAAUUGAUGCUAUUGUUAUUUCUGACCAAACAAUUUAAUCGAUAUUGAAAAAAAAAACGUACAAAUAGUUUAUAUUUCCGACCUCACAACUGCUUGUAGAAAAACCCGUUCAUCUCGUUUCUAAGGCACUUGGUUAUAGUCUUACUGAUUGGUCUAAUUUUAAAAAACUGACAUUUUCACAGAAGUUGAUUAAAGCCUCCGAACAACUCGCGUAAAGUUUGAUGUA